UCUUCCCACAACAUUCUUGUACAGUCAGGCACUGCAAAGAUAGCAGACUUCGGUUUGUCUAGUGUUUUGAAACAAAUGUCCCCAUCGCAUGGUCUUGGCACCUUAGCAUACAAAGAUCCAGCAACUUUUAACAUUGAGGCUUUCGAGUUGUAUGGACGCACAUUGUCUGGUCACCUUAUGAAAAACAAAAAUAAGAAACGCGGAAAGGAAUCCGAUAUGUUCGGCCUUGGAGUGAUACUUUGGGAAAUUUCAAGUGGAAGAGUUCCAUGCGAAGGACUUACUGAUGGUGUCGCAAUAAUUAUGUAUAGACGCGAGGGCUUGCGUGACGCCCCAAUUCCUGGAACGCCCAACGAAUAUAUUAAUCUGUAUUCAGAAUGUUGGGACGGAAUCCCAAACAAGCGGCCUUCAUGUGAAAAUGUUUAUAAGAGGUUAAAGAGAUUAGAUCCUCCAACAAUAUUCUCAUUCAAGCAGGCACUGCAAAAAUUGCAGAUUUUGAUUUCUCCAGUGCUUUGGCGCAAGUAUCUCAAUCUUAUAGUUAUGGCAACUCAGCAUACAGGGAUCCAGCCUCUUUUGAUAAUACGAAACGUGGAAAGAAAUCCGAUAUUUUCAGCCUUGGGGUUAUACUUUGGGAAAUUUCAUGUGGAAAAAUACCCUGUGAAGUACACACAGACGUUAUAG